GGAGCGCUGGCGCGGCUGCCUCCGGCCCCGCGGGAGCGCGCCAUGGAGCCGCGGGUCACCCUGCGCGUCACCUGCCGCGGUGACACCCGCACCUUCCUCGUGUCCGACCCAGCGCACACGACGUGGGUCGAUGUGGAGGCCAUGGUUAAAGUUUCAUUUGGCCUGGACAACAUUCAGAUCAAAUACAUUGAUGAGGAUAAUGAUGAGGUCUCUGUGAACAGCAAAGAGGAAUAUGAAGAAGCUCUGAAGAUUGCAGUUAAACAAGGAAACCAGCUCCAGAUGAAUGCCUAUGAAAAGAACUCUUCUCGUGCUUUGCAACUACAUGAAAAAAUUGUUACAGAAAAGCUGAUGCUUCUUAAAGAUGAGAAGAAACCACUUUUGCAUUAUUCCAUGCUAGCUCAGGGAUUAGAGGAAGAAUUAAAAAAUGAGGAGCUGACUAUUCAGCAAAAGUUAAAUCAGACCAGAAGAGAAGGUACAAAUGAAAAUCCUCCAGAAUGGUUUACUAGCUAUUUGGAAACAUUCAGGGAACAAGUGGUUAAGGAGACUGUUGAGAGGCUGGAGCAGAAGCUGUACGAGAAGCUUGUUCAUCACAAUCAGGCUGCAGAUUUUUGUGAGAGCUCAGUUACAGCAGCAGCUGCAGCCUCGCAGAGCCCCUCGGGGGGCAGCAGCCAGUGUGACUGGGACUGGCUGAUGUCGUGCUGCUGCUGCCAGGCUCCGAUCGUCGGGGUGCGCUACCAGUGCAGCCUUUGUCCAGCCUACAAUAUCUGUGAAGAGUGUGAAGCAGGAACAUAUGCACACGAUCCAAACCACGUCUUGUUAAAGCUGCGCAGACCCAUCCCCUGUGCCACUGACAAUUGCAGCCUGGCAGAGCUCUCCCCACGCCUGCCUGCUACUCUGGAGCAAGUCAGGCUCCAGAAACAGAUGGACAAAAGAUUUCUGAAGGCAGAGAAGCAAAGAUUGCGAGCAGAAAAGAAGCAGCGGAAAGCGGAGGUCCGAGAGCUCAAAAGGCAGCUAAAAUUGCACAGGAAAAUUCAUCUGUGGAACUCUGUCCAUGUAUUGGAAACAAAUGGCUCAGCUACUCUGAAAUCUGAGAGUCUCCAACCUAGUAACUUCCUGAGUCCUAAUCAGCCCUUCCAAGCAAUUGUCCCAACGCUAAGUGCAGUAUUUGUGGAUGAGAAUUUGCCUGAUGGUACUCACUUGAAACCAGGAACAAAGUUUAUCAAACACUGGCGAAUGAAAAAUACUGGCAAUGUGGAAUGGAGCUCAGACACAAAGUUGAAACUUAUGUGGGGUAAUCUGACCUUGGCAUCUUCUGAGAAAAAAGAUGUGUUAGUGCCAUCCCUUCCAUCUGGACAAGUAGGAACUGUUUCAGUUGAGUUUGUAGCUCCCAACAUAGAAGGAACUUACACUUCUCACUGGAGACUGUCACACAGAGGGGAACAGUUUGGGCCAAGGAUCUGGUGCAGUAUUGUUGUGGAUCCCUCUCCAGCUGCUGACUGUGUAGAAUGUGAUUGGAAGGAUUCUGACUCCUGUCAGAAGAGUAGAGCUUCCAGAACCAAGCAGGAUGCUUCCUUAAAGACAGAAGCAGGUGCUCAACUGAUAGGUGAAGUUGCAGAGCAAGCUGAAAUAUCUCUGCCAACUGUUCCAUUAAAGAUCAAAAAUCUGCCAAGUGAGAGAGAAUUUUAUAUCCCAUCUGUUGAUCUCCUCACUGCACAGGAUUUGCUGUCCUUUGAGCUGUUGGACAUUAAUAUUGUGCAGGAAUUGGAGCGAGUGCCACACAACACUCCUGUUGACAUGACUCCAUGCAUGUCCCCUUUGCCACGUGACAGCCCCUUGCUGGAGAAACCUGGCUUAGGUCAGAUAGAGGAGGAGAACGAGGGGAGUGGAUUUAAACUAGUGCCUGGAAUGGCAGAAGCCUGCCUUUCUAUGGACUCCUGUGUGAUGAAAGUGAAAGCUGAACAUGCAUUGAACCAGGAAGAAGGGGAAGAAGAUAUGAGUGGGACUCAAUUUGUCUGUGAAACUGUAAUUCGAUCUCUGACCUUGGAUGCUGCACCUGACCACAAACCCCCACAAAAAACCCCCAAAAUCCUCCAGAACUCUUUGCAAACAUUGCAAGACCCCUUCAGUUGCAAUAUGAUAAAUGUAGAAUCUCCUAUGAUAAAUAAUAAUUCCACUUCAAAAAAGGAAGCAAAGAUUCAUCAGUCAGAACCAGGAACAGAAAAUUCCUGUGGGGACCUUCCACUGUCUGAUGAGAGCACAAGCCCCUGUAGUGGUACUGGCAAUGGUGAUGAAGAGGAAGAUGACAAAGAUGAUGUUCAGAGUCAGUGCUCCUCUGCUUCCUCAGAGGAUUAUAUCAUUAUUCUCCCUGAGUGCUUUGACACCAGUCGGCCGUUGGGUGACUCCAUGUAUAGUUCAGCUCUUUCUCAGCCUGGUGUAGAAAAGACAGGAGAACUUGAAACAGUAGCAGAGAACCCAGAAGGGGGAAGCCAGCCACAGAUCCAGAGGGUCAGUGAUACAUUGACAACUUCCCAAACACUGGCUGCAGUACCAUUAACCCCAGCGACUGUGGACAGCUUACCCCAGGCACAAAGGAAUCCUUCAUCCCUUCAGAAUUCUGUCUUCCAAGAACCAAACACACCAGCUUCAGAGAAUAUCUCUUCUGCUCCUCAUGAUCAAAUACAAAAAGAAGAACACAGUGGUGAAGAUAAUCAUGGGCCAGGAUCUUCUGCAUUUCUCACUAAGUUCUCAGAAUACCCGAGGUACCCUCAAGGAAGCAGCAUUGCAGGAGAACUCGUGAAAGGAGCUUUGUCAGUUGCUGCUUCUGCCUACAAAGCACUAUUUGCUGGACCACCCAUUAUUGAACAGCAGCCUGCAGCUCCAGAAGAGCAGACUGCUGCUCUGCUGUCCAGCCUGUGUGAGAUGGGAUUCUGUGACAGGCAGUUAAACCUGUGGCUGCUGAAGAAACACAACAAUAACAUGAUCGAAGUGGUGACGGAAUUGCUUCAGAUCAGCAACAGAGACUGGUGCAGUAGGUGCUAAACCUGCCUGGUGGAGAGAGGAAUAGUCUUGAUUGAGUAAACUCUAAUUAAACAUUGCAAAAGUAGCAGGCUGCUCCUCACUGCUGUUUGGAGGUUUGACUUAAAACUUUGGUUUUUCUUUGA